AUGUGGGUCCUUGGGAAGAUCAAGGAGAGCAUGGAGAGCAUUCCUCUAGAGCUGAGUCGUUACAUUGGAAAGAGUGAGGAGGACAUCUUUUUCUCUUCCAAGACCAGUUUCCCUCAGAAUCUGCACAGCAACAUCCUUACUCCAGACAAGAUCCCAGAGUUCUGCCUGCCCCCACGGCUUUGCAAGAGAAGCCCACUGCCAGAAACUGAGAAAAUCCCAUCGUACCUGCACAAUCUGAAGCAGAUGUCAAAGAGCAGCACUGUCUCAAGCACCAAGUCGAAGGAGGUGAAGACGAAGAAAGGUGACGAGUCAGCGACUUGGAAACACACACAGAAACCUUUACCAUUCUCUGCUGAGGGCUACGGCCUGACUGGGAUAUACGAGAGCCUCAACACUCGAAGGAAAGAGUCUCUGUUCCUUUCAAAGCGUCCUGUUUACAUGUUUGACAGAAGCAUUCCUACUGCAGCGGCCAGAGUGGCAAAGCAGACCAACCCACCCAAGAAAACUUCAGCUGGGUUUUUCCCACUGUUUUCAUGCAAAAGUCUGUCAGAGACUUCUGGCAGCCCAGAAGGAGGAACACCUUCUUCCAGUGACUCCUCUCCCCUCAGUGCCCUUUACAGCGCCAAGUUCUCUCUCUACAGCGCAUCAAGCAGGGGCCGUCUAAAAGGAGCAGUGUCUUGUCCUUCGUUGACUGACAGCAAGGAGGACAGAGGGAGGUGGAGGAAGGUGGGGAUGAGUUUAACCACCUCUGCGAGCAGCCCUCCAACCUUGGAGGAACACUCAGUCAGCCCAGCUCCACCCGUCCUCCUCCCACUGGAUGUUCAGCGGGAGCACGUCCUCCCGUUGCAGGGCCGCGGCACAGUGCACCUCCUUGCUGAGCACGCCACGUUCCCCAACAAGCCACUCUCUUCCCUCUCCGCUGUCAGAGUACGUGUGGUGUCUGUGGAAGGUGUGUGGGACGAUGCCGACCGACAGACCCUGAACUGUGCCGUGAAUCUGUGCCUGACACCGGGGAAGCUGCAGCAGCAGGAGAGCGCCACCAUCAGGAACUGCCGCAGCCCCGUGUUCAACGAAGACUUCUUCUUCACAGAGCUCAGCCACAAGGAUCUGCUGGAGCUGCAGCUCAGGUUAAAAGUGGUGAAUAAAGCCGCAACUGGAACACUGAGGAGAGGGGCGGUGAUUGGAGUGAUCACUAAACCACUUUCUCAGUUGCUCCCUUUGAACAAACAAGUGGAAUAA